GGGCCGAUAUAUGCUAGGACGAACUGUCUUGGAGCCGCUGUAAAAAAAAAAAAAAUCACUGGAUGAGAAACACUACGUGAUCGCAAGACCCUCAUCAAAAGGAAUGUUAACUUGAUGGUCAAUAAAAUUCUUCGAAAUGCAUAAAUUAAAGUCGUCGCAGAGAGAAAAGGUUCGGCAGUUCAUUGCGUUCACAAACACGGGUGAGAAGACUGCAAUUUACUGUUUACAACAACAUGAAUGGAAGCUUGAUGUAGCUUCAGAUAACUAUUUCCAGAAGCCUGAUGUGUACUACAGGGAACCCAAAGCAGCAGUUGAUAAAAAGACGCUUGAACAAUUGUAUAAAAGAUAUAAAGACCCCCAGGUGGACGAAAAGAUCCUAGCUGAAGGAAUUUCUAGGUUUUGUGAGGAUUUGAACCUAGACCCUGCCAGUAGACCUGUCCUCAUCAUUGCAUGGAAAUUCAAAGCCGCCACCCAGUGUGAAUUCACGCAUAAAGAAUUCAUCGACGGCAUGACAGAGUUAGGGUGUGACUCAAUACAGACAUUGAGACUAAAAAUACCGUCAUUGGAAAAUGAACUCAGGGACACGUCCAAGUUCAAAGAUUUCUAUCAAUUUACAUUUAACUUUGCAAAGAAUCCCGGCCAGAAGAGUUUAGAUCUUGAUAUGGCAAUUGCAUACUGGAUUAUUCUACUAAAAGGAAGGUUCAAAUUCUUAGAUGAAUGGAUGCAAUUUCUCACAGAACAUCACAAAAGGUCGAUACCAAGGGAUACGUGGAACUUGUUGCUUGACUUCAGUAAUAUGAUUGCUGAUGAUAUGAGUAAUUACGAUGAAGAAGGUGCUUGGCCUGUUCUAAUAGACGCAUUUGUAGAGCAUGUGAAACCAUCAAUACCCUGUAAAAGUACGGUAGUGUGACAUCGUGAAACAUCUCUCCUCCUUCCUGCUGCCGCCGCCGAUCGCGUCUUCAUCAGUUAUUUUCACGCUCCAAUUUCACGCUGACGGACAAAAAGCACGAGCGACGACGCCUUGCACGCGACAAGGGACUUUCGCAACGACGUGUGAACUCUGCGGAGAGGCGCCGUGGACACUGUGUGUGAGGUUGCUGCGUAGGGUAUCGCCUGGAUGAUUUUCUACAUGAUUUGUGUAUAAUAUAGAUCGCAAGUAUACCAUGCUUUAAACCGUGUUUGAACUUUUCUAGUGUGAACGUAAGCUGCAUGAUGUUUACUAGAGAGGACAAAAAAAAAAUCAUGUUUAUAUACAGUAUUGGGAGAGUUUAAUGGUGUGUCACUAGUUAACUGUUAAAGAACUAACUUCUAACUUCAUGCUAUUCUAAUGGACCUGUUCAUGUCGAGCCUGCACCGUGGUCGGCGUUAACGCUUCUGAAAUUCGUCCUUUUGACGCGGCCGAUGAUUUUGAAGGAAAGGACAAUUAUUAUUUAAUGAAUUUGCAUCAGCAUCUGUCUUUAGUAUAUUCGUUGUACAUUGAGCCAUCAUUGCCAUGCUGAAGUCCAUGGAGGCGCAUGGCUAGCUGGAUUAGACACAGUAGUUAUGAGAGGCUAAUGUUUGUCCAAAAACAAUAUGGCCCCCGAACUGGUCUUGUGCUAAUCCUGGCUAGAUCCACCGAUCCAUCCGAUGCAAUUAUUUUAUGAACUCGGGUGUUGUCUUACAAACAGGUGUUCAUGUAAUGAUUCCUGAUUGAUCACUCAUCCUCCAAAGAUAACAUUAUUACCCGUGUCAGACAUCUGAGCAGGUCAUUUAUUGCCCUAUAUUUUGUGAAUAUCGGGAAGGGAUAGGUAUGUUAUUUGUAAUUGCUUGGUCUCUGUACGCAUAUUGCAUGCAGAGACGACGCAAAAUAUACCUUUGUAUUUUCCAUGGUCUCACAUCCAGGCAUUUAAGGAUGGGUAGAAAGAUAUAUACGCUUCAUAAUGAUCCACACCUCAACAAUAUACAUUUGAUAAAGACAACGCUGGAUAUGACGCGAUCUUAUAAUUACAAGUACGUCAUAACGGAUCGAGUGCAGAGCCUAGCCCCUGAUAUAAACAUGACACAACAGAACCCUAUUCUUGAAAGAAAUAUCUCCAUUUUCUGAUUUUCAUGACUUUUGCUCUAGAUGUCUGAUUUGGAUAAUAGUAAAGAUAUUGACUGGCUCUCAUUUCUGGGAGCAGCAAAUAUACUGCCCUAAAAGAAUUAUAUUGCCCUAGUCUGAAUUCUUGGGCCAAUAUAAUUCUGUUGCGGGCAAUAUAUUUGGUGUUCCCCUCAAUGCCAGUCAAUAUUAUUCAAACUAUUUCAAAAUUUAAUCUUUCUGGUAUGGAAUUAAAGUACUAGAAAAUGAUAAUAAAAUAUUAAGUUCUUGUAAAGUGCAUAUCACGUACCAUUACCGUCUAUAUGCGCUUCCAACGGAACCUUGCAUAUUAAUUAUUAUAUUAUAAAAUUAGAAUUUGUCAUUGACUUGUUAUCAAUCAGAAUCAAUCACACCUCAUACAAAGACUGCUGGAAUAUUUGGAUCAGAAUUUAUUUAUUAGUACGUGUAAGUUUAAUAUUUAAGCUGUGUGCUUUUUUCCAAAUGAUCCAACAGUCUGCCAGAUACCAGAGUCCCUUCCUGUCGGCUGUAUGGCAAAGUGAAUUUUGUAUAGAUUUCUGUUCCAUAUGAUUUUAUUUUCUUCUUACUAGACACUAUUUUCUCUCUUCCUAUAUUUCACACCCUUUACUAUCUUUAUAAACCAUUAUUCUAUUUUCAAGUUUUUUCUUUUUUUUUCUUUUUCAUUUGACUCAUUGUGUCAUUGUCUCAUUUGCUCUCUCCAUCUCAUUCUCUCAUCUUUUCUCUGUUAUCUCAGCUAUCUGUACUCCUUAUUUUUCUUUCUAUGCUCUUCUCUGUUUCUUUAUCAUACUUGAUUUUUAUCUUUACUUAUUUUCCAAUUAGCAUUAUUUUAAUAUUCAUUAUAUGAUUAUAUUUCUGUUCUUCCAUAAUGUAAUUGAUUCAAUGUAAAUGUCAUCGACAGUGUGCAUAUGAGGGGGGGGGGGGGGGUGGAGGGUGGGGGAGGUGGCUUGAAAAUGUCCCUACAGGUGAACUUGCGCAAGUCGACCUUCCAAAAAAAUGUCCAAACAAUUGUUUAAGACCAGAUGAUCAUUGAUUAUGCAAAGCACGUGUUACAAAUUACUGUUACAUACCUCUUGUAAUUAAAAAUAAGUAAAAUUUGAAAAGAUAUCUACAUACGAAUAGUCUUAUAGAUUGGACUGAGUCAGAUUUAAACUGGGAUGAGAAUAGCUUCCCUAUAUCCCAAGCUGGUGUCAGUGAUGGCAAGAUCUGUUUUUUGUAGUUCAUUCUUGUGAAUUGUCAGAUCUUCGUCACUUAUACUCUUCUUCUCAAGUUCUUAGAUCCUGUAUUCUCAUUAUUCUACCAGCACAGCUUAGCUUUGUGAUUACAAUGGGUGAUUUCAAGUCCGGUGUUAGCAUCGGUGUUGGUGUUGGAAUUUGGAUUGCUUCCGUUAGCUCCAAAACCUAUGAUGAGUUUGUGAAACUGAUCCAGAUCACAUUAUUGACAUCUCACAAACUAGUGAGUGACUUUUCAGGACCAUCUUUAUUUUAUGUUUGGUGUUAUACUAGUGUAAAAAUUGACCUCACACCAACACCAAUAGGUCAACACUGAACUUGAAAUCACCCAAUGUCCUUUAAUGAGAGAAAGCAUGUGUACAUGUGCGUUGUAAUAUCAUUCGUUGUCGGGUUUCAAUCUAAUGAAUUCAAUUCUCAGCAAAUUAUAUUUAACGUGGGUUGAUUUAGUAAUAUUCAUCUAUUUUGAAUGGUCUUGAUUUGUCCCGUUGCGUUUGUCUCUGUGAACAUUGGACCAUUUAAAGGCCUCCACACACCUUACGACUGGUCUAAAUCAUGUUUUUAUUUUCUGAAAACGUGAAUGAAAAGUAUCUGAUUACUUGAGGUUCAAAUCAAUGUAAGAAUACUAAUUAAUAACAAUUUUGAAUGAUCAAAAAGCCUUGAUUUUGGAGUAAGGUCAAAUUGGUUUCAAAUCAUAGCCAAUCGUAUGAUUGCUAUAACGUCAUUAUGACUAGAUAUUCCAUUUGCCUUUCUUCUAAUGAUGGUAGCAUAUUCAGAGAUUUGAACAUGUAUUUCACAGUUAGAUUUUCCAUGUUUCAAAAUUUGCCUCAAAUUUCACCAUGUUUUAUCCCAAAAUAGAGUUGCAGACCAGCUGUAAGGUGUGCAGUGGCCUUUACAUGUAUGUUGAAUGUGAACUAUGUGAAGGGUUUUGUACUCUGUUAAAAAAAGAUUAAUGUUUUUUAACUUUUUAUUUAUACUUCAUGCAAUAUUUUUUGUUCAUGUCAGUAAUUUUCAGUUACGUCAGCCUUUGAUGAUGGUCUGUAUAAUUCAUUGUCACAUUAUUGUUGUUCUUAACCUAAAGGCUUGCGAGAGCUUCGGGAGACAUAGCAACAUGUAAUGUACAUCUGUGCAGACAGGUGCGAUGUCAGGAGAUUUAUUUUUUGGGGGGAGGGGUAGUAGAGGGGGCUUGGGCAAGAUCACUUGAAGGGGACGUCACAGUUUACUCAAUUGAAUUGGGAAAAAAAUCCACAUUUUAUUGUUCGAAAUACAAAUCUAAGAAUUUAGAGAUGUUCCAAAAAUUCAUUUUGGCCAAUUGAUCGUGAGCCCGGCAACCACUGUGAAGCGCCAGAUCAACGAGGCUCUAUCCCUUAAAUGUUGAGCACCAAACAGGGUAGCAGCAUUUCCCAUCUUUGUACGUCUUGUGGUCUGUCGCGGCCGGGGCUUGAACUCCCAACCUCCCGGUUGUGAGACGGACGCUCCACCAACUGAGCCAACACACCGGUUAUACAGAUACGAUAGAGUUAUAUACACAGACCGCUGUUUUUGAUAAACUUUUUCCUUUUUUAUUCUCUUUUCUUACUCUUGUCUCCUAGUCUUUUCAUAACUACAUGAAAAAUUAUGGGGGAGGGCACAAUCACCCCUCUGCCCCCCCCUCCCCUAAAAUCAAGUGUUGACGUACAUGUAUUUUGACACAUAGGGCUUGGUAUAUUGCGUAUGUCUCCCUUGUUGCUCUCACUUUGAUAGAAUUAGUAAUUUAAACAUAUAUUCAUUGCAUUCAAUUCAUUGUCAUCAUUUGUUUUUAGUAAGUUACAUCUGAAAAAGGAUUUAAGAAGCACCAGCUCGUUCCUUUGAUUAUUUAUAUUAUAUCUUACUGAAAAAUGGCAGCAAGGUAUCACAUUGGUUUUUUGUCAUUCUAUUUGAUACUUUAUGAGGUUGCACUUAGAUUAAGGUCAGAUGGAUGUCGGCUUUUAUGGGGAGCUGAUUAUUAUUUGCUGACCUCAGACUUUGUGAAGAGCAUUAUGCCUGUAAGAGAGACAUCUAUUAGGGGAGCAAACCCAGUGUACCAGCGAAAAAAUUCUUUAUCAAUGCCUGCUUAGCUUCGGGCAGCUUGUCGAGCCACAGGAAGUGAGAUAAUGACUUCACCAUAAGGCAAUUUCAAGCGGCAUUACAUAAUGUCUGCUGGCCAUAAAAUCUUAUUCUACGCUCAAUGAUUCAUAUCAAUAUUAGCGUCCAACUCUCCAUGAAAACACAUGAUAAUCUGCCUUAAACUUUGGUAAAGGACCUUUAAGGUAGGAGUAAUAAGUCUUGCUUCUAUUCAUGCAUUUUAGAGUUCAAUCAUCAAUUUCCUGUAACAAGUACUUGGAUCUAUGGGGGUCACAAUGUUAUGUAUUUUUCUUUGAUUUGAUCAGAUUAAAAGUUUGUCAUAGGGAUGUGUGAUAUGUGUAUUUAUGUUGACAUCAUGCAUCCAGGAUGCCAAAAGAAAAUAGCCUCUUCAGCGUAACUUGAUUAAUUUUCAUUUAAGUGGUUAAAACCGACGCUUGCUUAGGAGGAGAGAUGUGUCAAUCUUAAACAAGUUAUAGGUUGUAUUGUACAAAUGUAUAGUAAACAAAAAGUAUGGGGGAUUCCCCAAGCUUGUUAAUUAUAUAUUAUCAUCAUCAUCAUCCUAUUUCUGCUGCAGUCUGAACUCCCUCCUUGCAAACGAGGAGUUUUGAAUUUUUACGUAACUGGGCUUUGUAACAGAAAAAUGCAAUCGAUUGUGACAGUGUAAAGUCUAUGGCAAACCAUGUUAUGAUUAAUGGUAAAGAUUGAUUGCAUCUUUUUAUGUUACAGGGUCCAGGGUGUGGUUUCACAAAGAUGUUAGUGUGACUUAAAGUCAUGGGUACAUACCAGCGUACACAUGAUAUGCAACGUGCAGUCUCGUUGAAUGAUAUGCUAUAGCGUCGUGUGGAAGCGCCGUGGUGCAGCGGUUAUGACUCUCGCCUUGUAGUCAGAGGGUCAUGUGAUUGAAUCUCACCACAACCUAGCAUCCUUUGGCAAGGCGUUAAAUCACACUUAGCCACUCUCCACCCAGGUGUUAAAUGGGUACCUGGUAGAGUGCAAAAGCGUAUAUAGUAUGCCUAGUAUUGAGUCUUGGAACUCUUGUUGGAAUGCUCCCUAGGGAGUGGAGAAAGUGCAUACAUUGUGUGCGGGUUUGCAAGGAUCUGAUGACUGAGGAAAUAGGAAUUACAAUGUGAAGCACUUGAAAACACAAAGUAUUAAGCACUUUAUAAAUGUAACUAUUACUAUUGUUAUAAUGCCUAAUUCCUGAGCAUGACACGGCCAGUUCGGUACUUGUGACUUUUAGUCGCCCUUAAAUCUUUGAGAAACACCCCCAGAGCUGGGAAAUGAGGAUUUUAUCUUUUAGAUAUUUGUAGUGUAGAAAUAUUAGGAAGGAAAAUAUUAUGAGCUCAAGAGCGAGAGAGAGAGAGAUACAUGUUCCUUGGAUCCAUUCUAUAUUUGUAGACAUAUGUUGAUUUUGGUGAUGAACAUAUAAAUUAAAAUGGUAUAGUGUGUAUAAAUGAUAAAAGAAUGAUUUCUACAUUAAUAUCAUA